AUGGAAGAAUUACUGGCGCCCGCUCGACCAGUUCGAAGAUCAACGGGAGCCAAGAUGAUAAUGGGAUUUGUUAGCCAUGUGGGAGGAGUAAUAAUGUGUCAUGGAAAGGAAUGUAAGAAUCAGACGUUAUGCGUUCCCAAUCCGCCGGAAACGUAUGGUCUUUUUUCCUCUAGAAGAGGCAUGAAGACUGAUGUGAUUAGCUCAAAUAUUGAGGAAUUAGAUGUCACUGCACCAGUCAUCUCACCUCGUGGACAUGUGCGAUGCGGUAAAAGAUUCGAAUUGACAUUGUUACGUUACGAUUGA